AUGGAAACUAUGAAUUGCCCUAUGUGUAAUGAGUAUGAGGAAUGCAUUGAUCACGUCCUUGUGGACUGCCCUUAUGCUAAAAAGGUUUUUGAAGGUAUAUCCAGCUGGUGUAAUGUGAAUAUGGAAGCUUUUCACAUGGUGAAGGAAGUGAUGAAGUUUGCUUCUCAAUGGGGGAUGUGUCAUAGAAGGAGUAAGCUGCUCUUGAUUGUGUCUUAUGGAACACUAUGGAGCAUUUGGAAGUCAAUGAAUGAAAGAGUUUUCAGGAGGAACCGGCUUCCACCAGAUAAAGUCUGUGAUAUAGUAAAAUCAUUGACUUAUCUAUGGGUGAAAAAUAGGGGAAAAGUAGAUCGGAUUGAAUGGGCAACAUGGUCUCAAUGCCCUCUUUCCUAUUGA